AUGGUUACUCGCGAGCAAAGCGGAAACAGUGACGACGACGACGACAGGCAGAAUGGAGCAAUCCCUCAGCUUGUACUGCUUACAAAGAUAGAUGAAGCCUGCUUAGAAAUUGACGAAGACCUCAGUAAAGCAUACUGGAGCCGCUACAUUUACGAGAAGGUGAAGAAACUGGGACAGAUUCUGGGAAUUCCAGUUUCCUGCAUUAUGCCAGUUAAGAACUACUCUUCAGAGACAGAGCCGGUGCUGGAAGUGGACAUCUUGGUCAUGAAGGCCCUGAAGCAGAUGCUGAAUGCCACCGAUGAUUACUUUUCUGAUUUGAAGUUGAAGGGUGAAGCUCACUGAAACAUCUAUGGUUUUUCCACAUAUAAUUUCUUUUCUUGUUUCCUGCUGUAUAGUAAAAUGUUUGUAGUGAUUUAGAAGUGAUGAAUAAACUAAUAAAAUAUACUAAAAACUAGACCUUCCAAUCACAUUAGGUUAGGUUAGGUUAGGGAGACUUUAUUAUCCCAGGGAAAAUUUGUUUGCAGCAGGAAAGUACAAAAACAGAAGCCAUUGUUCCACAGAUCCAAUAGAUCAACAAUGAGACAACAUUUGACAACCAAUGUUAUUGCAUAAGCACACACUCAAGAUCAAUACAAAGAAGAAUUACUUUCACAAGUACUGAAAACAAUAAUACAGAAUUUAACAUUUUGUGGCAUCCCUACAAGCAACAGACUUGAAAAUGCUUAUACUGUAGCUGUAGGAAUAAAAUAUUUCUUAAACCUGUUGCUCUUUACCUUUGGAAACUUAAAUCUGCAGCCUGAUGACAACUGUUAUAAUUUGUAGAAAAGAGGACAGCAUCUGUCAGACAGAACUGAGUUGACUUUCAUUCUAAGCUGUUUGUGAUACAGUUCAGCCAUAGAGGUCUGCUGUGAACCAAUAAUUUGACUACUCAUUUUUAUAAUAUUGUUAAGAUGGCUAUAUUCUUAUUAUUGAGGUUGAUAAACCAACAGAUAAAAGCAAAUGUAACAAUACAUUUAAUAAAGGACUUAUAAAAAAGUGUCA